AUGGCUGGCUUCAACUACGCUGGUGUUGACCAUAUGAUCUCCUAUCUGCUGGGCAUUCCAGGCCAAGAAGACUUACACACGUGGAUCUCCAUUUCCUUCUUCAUCUCCUAUGUCUUUGCUCUCCUUAGGAAUGGUCUGCUCGUCUUCAUUACCCUCACCAAGAGCGGCCUCCACGAACAUAUAUAUCUUUUCCUCUGUAUGCUGGCUAGAGUUGACAUUGUCUUUGCUACCACCACAGAACCCAAGGUAUUGACCAUUUUCUGGUGCAAUUAUAGGGAAAUUUCUCAUAUUGGUUACAUUGCCCAUCUCUGCUUCCAGCUUUCCUCCUUCAUCUCUGAGUCAGGCAUCUUGCUGAUUAUGACAUUUGACCGCUACAUUGCAGUAAGUUACCCCCUGAGAUGCACUACAAUUCUUAGCCACUCCCUGACUAGGAAAAUUGGUGUGGCUGUUUUUUUGAGAGCACAUUGUAUAAUUUUCCUCAUGACGUUUCAUCGGAAGAGGCUGACCUUUUGCAGAAAUAACAUCCUUCCACAUACAUUCUGUGAACACAUUGGCUUGGCCAAGUAUGGCUGUGACGACAUCUGCAUAAAUACCUGGUAUGGGUUUUUUAUCUUAAUGUUCACAGUGGUCUUCGAUGUUGUCUUAAUUUUUGCUUCCUAUGUUCUGAUUCUCCAUGCUGUCUUUCACAUUCCUUCCCAAGAUGCUCACUACAAAGCUUUCAAUACAUGUGGCUCCCAUGUCUGUGUCAUGAUUCUCUUUUAUGGGCCUGGAAUCUUCUCAGUUCUUAAACAGUGCUUUGGACUAAUACAUGUCCAUAUCUUGCUGGCCAGCACCACCUUACUUGCUCCACCUAUGCUGAAUUCCCUAAUUUAUGGGGUCAAGACUAAGCAGAUGCGAGACCAAGUGGUCUAUGUGUUUUCUCCAAAGCAGAAAUGACUACAGAUGGCAGAAAUUUUGGCCCUUCAUUGGAUGUGCUUUGGUAAUAGUGAACAGAAAAAUAAAAACUGAGUCACUUGGAAAAAUGGCUCAUAGACUUCUGGACCUAUGGAGCAACUUACCUGAAGUUGUGAGACUUGCCUCUCUAAUAAAUCUGAAGGUAAUGCCUGUGGGCUGACUGAGUUACCUACAACUCAUUAUACGAGGAAUAAAGAAGUUGCUCUCUAGUAGUCAUGUCUAACCCUAUAAACAAUCGAGUUUUGGGUAUAGUCAAUGUAAUACUAAGAGUCUUGUUUAGAUAAUCAUGAAGUUUUCUGCUUUGAGUUAUGUUAAGUCCUGGGAUGUCUAACCAUAUCUCUGGACACCCACUUAAAACUUUCAUAUACUUCCUGAAGUUAUGAGGGGUGUUAACAGGACAGUUAGGGAGUCGUGCUCCUAACUCUUUACUUUUUAGGAGUUGUUCCUCAAAAAUCAUCUUCCUCGACACGGUACGGAAUACUGUUAGUAAUCUGUUUUCAGACUUCCUUUCCAGCAACCAUUUCCACAUCACUCUCAUUUAAUCUGUGCUUCAGUCUCAAGAAACUGUUUACCUCUAAUUUCUGUGUGUUCAGGCAUGUUUUUAAAUGUCUUAGUGCGUUUUUCUUAAGUGAUCCAUUUACCUAGAAUUAACUCUUUGACCUUUUUAUGAGUUGCCACCACUCAUCUUUCAAAGUUCAGCUCGUUGUCCCUUACUCAGUGAGGUCAUUAUUAACCACAUCAUCUCAACAUGAGGCAGUACUUCCUCUAUGACAUAAUAACACAUCAUUGGUACUUUAAAAAAGAACAUUUACUUCUUUUUAUAUAAGUAUAAAUAGAAAAAUAGUAAGAAGAGAAUGAAAAUGAAAAUUACGCAUGAUCCCACCACCAAGAAUAAUUUACUGUUAUCAUUUUCAUGUGUAGUCUUCCAGAUUUUAUAUAUAACUCUUACUUUAACUAUAAUUAUACACACACCACACACACACACACAUUCAUACCUUAUAUAUGAUUUGGUAGCCUGAUAUUCUCACAUAGCCCCAUACUGUGGCCAUCUUUACAUGACAAUACACUUAGAUCUCUAUAAUCAUUUUAAUGGCUAUACUGUAUCCAUUUUAAUAUUUUAUUAAGAAAGUGUGUUUUAAAAAAUUCUUUACACAGAACUACAAUUAUUUUUUCUUUUUAAAUUUACGGAGUUGUCCUUCAUUCUUGGGGUUCCUUAAAGGCACCAAAUCAACUGUUGUUAAGAGAACUGGAAAAUCUUAGUAAGCAUAAAGAAGAUACCUUAGUAUAAACCCUGUUAAAAUUUUAGUUGACUUCCUUAUAGGCUUUGUUCAGUGCAUAUAUUUUUUUCACAUUGUUGCCAAGUAAAAAAAUAACCAAAACAAAAUUCUUGUUUAUAGACUUUUAAUAAUCGCAUAACGUUCCAUCAAAUGCAAAUAGCAUAAUUUGCUGAAUCAUCCUUUUAUUUUAUUUUCACUGUAUUUUUAAGUAAUUUUUUUGUUGUAGAACAGUUUGAGAUUUACAGAAAAAUUGGGAAGGCAGUAUAAAGAGUUCUCAUAUACCACCAAACCCUAUUUCCCUUGUUAUUAACAUAUUAUACUAGUAUGUUACAUUUGUUAUAAUUGAUGGACCGAUGCCGAUAGACUAUUAUGAACUAAAGUCUAUACUUUAUUCAGAUUUUCUUAGUUUUUACCUAAUGUAAUUUUUAGGAUCCGAACCAGGAUACUCCGUCACAUUUAGUUGUCAUAUCUCCUUAGGCUUUUGUUGGCUAUGGUAAUUUAUCAGAUUUUUCUUGUUUUAGAUGACUUUACCAGUUUUGGAAGUAGUUGUGAGGAAUUUUGUGGGAUAUCUCUCAAUUGGGUUAAUUCUAACAUUUUCCUCAUGAUUAGAAUGGGGUUUUGUGUUUUGGGGAAGAAUAUCAAAGAGGUAAAGUGCCACUCUCAUCACAUGGGUAUAUACUAUCUACAUGAUUUAUCAUCAAGGGAGGAUUAUUGAAUAGGCGAGGGAAGUACAGUGCUUACUUUGCUUACCAGAUAGAUCAUCUGUAGUGGACAACUUCACAUUUUUUUCACCACAUUGAAGAUUCUUCCUCUAGGUAUAAGUGGCAUCUGCUUCUCUAACCCCAUAGCACCUUCUUACAGAAGCAAAGCCUCUUCAACUUUACAAUCCUUGAUGGGAUGGAUGACCCAGUAAGUGAGGUAAGCACAGGCUUACUUGUGCUUACUUACAAAUCUGUAGUGCACAGUUCCACCUGUUUCUCCCCCACUUCAAAGAUGUGGUGAAACCCAUGUGAAAUUGUGCCCUACAGAUUCAUGAGUAAGCACAAGUAAGCCUGUGCUUACCCUGUUUAUUGAGUUAUCUGACCCUGUUUAUCACUACUGAUAUCAACCUUGACUGCCUGAUUGAGGUGAUGCUCAUUCUUUCCGUUUUUAAUAUUUAAGUUUUUCUAAUCAUUAAUGAUAUAAUACUGUGCUAGGGACAUUCUUGUGCAUAAGGUUUGCCUUUUUUUUGGGGGUGGGGCAGGUGGGAAUUACGUUUUGCCUGAUUUUUACCUUAAACAGAAUUACCUUAAAAAGGUGAGGGGAAUGAAGAUUUUAGUCUCCCCCUGAAUGCUAGAAAAUUGCAUCUAGAAAAGUUAUUAAUUUUCACUCUUGUCAGAAAUGCAGGACAUCCUGGUGGUGUAGUGGUUACAUGUUUGGCUGCUAAUCAAAAGGUCGGCAGUUUGAAUACACCAGGUGCUCCUUGGAAGCCCUGUGGGGAAGUCCUACUCUGUCCUAUAGGGUUGCUAUGAAAUGCAUAAAAGUGCCAAACUUACUGCUCUCUUACUAGCUUUUAGUAAGUAGUUCCAUUUAAAAAUAAAUUUGCCAUGUGAUAGGGUAAAAAUCACUUUCUCAUUUUCCUUUAACUUGAAUUUAUUUCAUAAACAGAGAUACUGAACAAAUUUUAUUGUGUUUAUUGGAUAUUGGAGCCCUGGUAUCCCAGUGGUUAAGUGCCAUGGCUGCUAACCAAAAGGUCAGCAGUUCAAAUCCCCUAGCUCCUUGAAAACCUUAUGGGGCAUUCUACUCUAUCGUAUAGGCUCGCUAUGAGUCGGAAUCGACUUGAUGGCAACAGCAAUGGGUUUAUUGGAUAUCGUAUUUCUUUGUGGAUUAAUAGCAACAACCAUUUGUUUUACGUGGGCAAAGCUUUUUACAUACCUAAUCUCAUUUAAUCUUCACAUCAGACCCAUUGUUUUUAUUCUCAUUUUACAGUCAUGAAAUUUGAGGCUCAGAGAUGAUACAUAACUUCCCCAAGCAACUCCUGGCAGGUUUCUCCAAGACUCACUUGUCUCCCAUCCUCAGAAAGGAAGAGCCAUGGAUUGGCUGUGUCUGGAUCCAGAGUGAUGUGUACUGCAG